AUGUUUGCCGUGAUCGUUGCUAACCUAAUAAGAUAUGCGGUGGCGCAAGGUGGUGGCGGCAAUGGGGCGGUUGUGCUGCAUGUCCAAGGCUGCACUAGGGAGGCGCGAGCGGUGCCUCCCGCAAGAUUCCAUUGGGGCGACGCAUGGGCGGUAGCCACCCCCAAGACCCUGUUAGCACAAUUUCAUAAUAAUAUAUUUAUACUGAUUGUUGUGCAAAAUAGAACGCUAUUGUUUGUAGUUAUAUUAGUUUAUUUCCUCUAUAUACAAUGA